AUGUUACAACAAUGUAGCCAUUCGGGAACUACUACUACACGGCACAAGGACGGUCGGGCUUUUGAACCCCUUGCUAGAGAACCCUGUUCAUCUGAGUUAUUGCGAACAAUACAAAAUCUACAAGAAGCAUGCAAUACACAGGCCCAUAGGCGAGGUGAACUGAAACUGGUUCUUGAGGAUGUUGGAAAGUUAUUAAAUUUCAUGCACAACAUAGUACAGAAUGAAGAGACUGGAAAUACACACCCGCAUUCACAAACUCAAGUCCCAACAACACCCAAGAGUGGGAAACAGCACAAAAGUUGUCCCCGUGGCUUUUCCGCACUGCGACAGAAACGACCAAAGGAUGUUAAUCGAAGUCAUGCAGAGAGUGUACGCUCAAUUGCGUCACUUAGAAGCAAAAUGGGUUCUUGGGUCAGUAAUCUGUUCCCACAUCGUUUGAGAAGACCUGUUCAAUCAGUUGAUCGUUUAAACUCGACUCGUCGACAUGAAAAUCGAAAAGUUCGUAGACACUCUCUAAAACCACUACUUAGUGUUGAUGAGCAAACAAUGGAGAAAUCCAUUUUCGAAGAGGUCAACAGCAUUAAGUGCUACAACACGUUCCACUUACCGAAUGGUCGAUUUCAAGCUGAGAACGCGGACUACGCGUUCAAUAGAUGGAGUGAGUCCCCCCACAUAUUCCUUGGAAAUAACGAGAAUUUUGGGGGCUCCAGAAAGAGCAAAACCAUGGGUAAAAAGGAGUCCACAGAGGAAAAUGAUUCAGAGGUCACAAAACUUGAUGAUGAACCACCAGAAGCUAAUCGGCGGCGGAAGUCGAGGAAGAGCGUCAAGAAGCUCAGUGAGAAGUUAGUAAAUCAGGAGGACGAAACUGAUGCAAAACCAUCAAAAUCAAAGAAGUCUGGGGAUGUGCGACAAGUAGUAAUUGAAAACUUUGAUAUUACACCAAAACCUCCCAGUGAUGAGGAAAUGCUUGCCAAAAACACAGCAGCAAAUGCAGGAACAAGUGGAGAGUCGCGAAGGAAAUCCAUCUCCGUGAGAAGACGAUCACAGCACAAGGCCGAAAAGGAGGAAGAUAAACGUGAAGAAGCAAUUGCAUUAGAUACAAAAGAUGGUACUGAACAUCAGCCGGAAAAGAAGAAGCACAAACACAAUAAUGAUACUUCGAAAAGUGCUGAAGCAACAAUUAUGAAGGAUUCAGGUAUGGAAGUUGGUAAUGAACAGAAGAUUGAACGCAGGAAGUCUAAAGUAUUUCAGAACUAUACCAUCCAGGAACUAAGCGUAAAUGAUGGACAGCGAGACGACGUAGAUGAAAGUACCAGGAAGCAGCGCAGGUACUCAACACGUGCGCUUCCGCCGGAUGAAAGCGAGUCAAGGAGGAGCAGUAGAUAUUCUCUGAGGCAUGCUGACGGCAAAGAAGACAUCGACCACUCAGCUGGAAGACGUAGAAGUAGACGUCCUAGUAGAAGAGAUCGACUUUACAGUCUGGUCAGCACUGAGAUGGAAAGCGAUGAUGAUUUGAGAGGCUGGCGACCACUUGAUAGGUUUGGCGAUUACUACAGCGAUAAAAUGUCGCGCCGACCAAGAAAGAGUAGAAGUAGUAUGAGGCGAAGAUUUUCAGAUUUUAGCGAGCAUCAAGAGACAUCAGAUGAUUCAGAAGAAGACGAUCACCAAUAUCGCACCAGAAGCCGCUAUAGAAGACGUUACGGUUCCGUCCCAACUAUAAAUGACCAAAGAUAUGAUUCGGAUGAUCCUGAUGCGUAUUCACGUGAACAGGGUCGCCGGUCUAUGUCAAAACGUUGCAGCCGUACAUGUCACUGUGGUUCUACUCCAUCCAAACGACACCAUCAAGAAUCUUCUCAGGGCCAAGCGGAUGGAGAACUGAUGGAUGUACUAAGCGAAAUGUGUUCCGAACUGGGUAGCCGUCUGUACAACGAAGCUUGCUGUCGUGCUCGAGAAACCAGACCCUGUCGAGAAAGAGGCGCGCAUCUUGGGAGGUACCUUUCAUUGGAUACACUCAGACUCUUGGAUGGUUCUGACAAGCAGCGAUCUAACAGACAUGCAUGUGAUCAUCAGUAUACCCAUCGACUACCACCUCGAGCUCCCAGGAGGCACAACUCUGGGUAUGAAUGUGAGAAACAGCAAUGUAAUUGCCCACCGACGGGAAGGCCAGCCGACAUACAAAUGAAAGCAGCUCCAACGGCGACGGUAGUGCAACCCACUCCCGUGUAUUAUCCUGUUCCACAGCCCGUACCUGUAGCAGUCCAGCAACCCCCACAAACAACGCAGAGUUGGUAUCCGCCACCCAUCGCACCUCCGGUUUCUACACCAACUACGCCAAGUGCGACAAACGUCUUCAUGCGCCCAAGUUCUCUCCCGGUCGUUACCCCCAGUCCGGUUACCUCGACACCAACAGUUUAUAAUCCGUUAAUGGUGCCUAGCAUACACUCGCCUGCCGUCCAGUCAAGCAUGCUCUACCCAACAUUAACCUACUGUCAGCGCCUU